AGGGCGGCAGUCGGAAAGCGGAAUGGAACCGUAGAAGCAAUUCUCGCGAGAUGUAGAGUGCCAGUCGCCUGUCCAGAGGGGCGGAGGCCCAGGGGGUACCACGUGGGGACUGUCGGAGCUGAGCCUCCCGCGGGCGUCCAGUUUGGGUCUAGGUUGGCAUUGAAACCGUGGAGAUGAGGAAGGAAACCCCGCCCCCCCUAGUGCCCCCGGAGGAUCGCGAGUGGAACCUUCCCCCUAAUGCACCCGCCUGUAUGGAGCGGCAGUUGGAGGCUGCGCGGUACCGGUCCGAUGGGGCGCUCCUGCUCGGGGCUUCCAGCCUGAGUGGCCGCUGCUGGGCUGGCUCCCUCUGGCUUUUCAAGGACCCUUGUGCCGCCCCCAACGAAGGAUUCUGCUCCGCUGGAGUCCAGACGGAGGCCGGAGUAGCCGACCUCACUUGGGUGGGGGACAGAGGUAUCCUAGUGGCUUCCGAUUCAGGUGCUGUUGAAUUGUGGGAGCUGGAUGAGAACGAGACGCUCAUUGUCAGCAAGUUCUGCAAGUAUGAGCACGAUGACAUAGUGUGUACCGUCAGUGUCCUGCGCUCCGGCACACAAGCUGUCAGCGGUAGCAAAGACUUCUGCAUCAAGGUCUGGGACCUCACUCAGCAGAUGGUACUAAAUUCAUACCGGGCUCACUCCGGGCAGGUCACCUGUGUUGCUGCCUCUCCCCACCAGGAUUCCGUGUUUCUUUCGUGCGGUGAGGACAGUAGAAUUUUACUCUGGGAUACCCGCUGUCCCAAGCCAGCGUCACAGAUGGGCUGCAGUGCCUCUGGCUACCUUCCUACCUCACUAGCUUGGCAUCCACAGCAGAGCAAAGUCUUUGUCUUGGGUGAUGAGAACGGCACUGUCUCCCUGGUGGACACCAAGAGCACAAGCUGUGUCCUCAGCUCAGCUGUGCACUCCCAGUGUGUCACUGGGCUGGCGUUCUCCCCACACAGCGCUCCCCUGCUGGCGUCUGUCAGUGAAGACUGCUCCCUUGCUGUGCUGGACUCGGGCCUGUCCGCCGUGUUCAGAAGCCGAGCCCACAGAGACUUUGUGAGGGAUGCUACAUGGUCUCCGCUCAAUCCCUCCCUCCUCACCACCGUGGGCUGGGACCACCAGGUCAUCCACCACGUGCUGCCCACAGAACCUCUCCCAGCCCCUGGACCUAACAGUGUUGCCAAGUAGACUGGGUUUAAGGCAAAAGCAAAUCCCCCAGGAGUAGCCUCGCCCUUUGCCCUCUCAGCCUGAGAGACCACACAGGAGCCUUUUCAAAUCCAGGUCAGCUGAUACCCCUGACCCGGGCAGUCACUAGGCAUGUCUCUCAACCUGGGUGGCUGUUCUGGGAUCCUGUAGUCAUAGGGAAGAAAAACUAUCUGGGAAAUGGAUAGAUAUGUAUGUCUGAGUGUGUGUGUGUAGAUUUUUGGUCGGGAGAGGGAAGCCCACCCUCUCCACCCCCUAAAAACGAGUUCAUGAGGCUUUUAUGCUUCCCAUGUAGCUGUGCGCGUGGAGUCAGCUGUGUCUAGAUGAGAUGUGGGCAUUCCUGGAUUCGAGAAGCAGCUCAUAUACUACUCAGAUGGAGCAGCUUAAUUUUUUUUAUAGAACUUAAUCCACCUUUAACAUGGGCAGUGCUUCCAUUCACAGAAAUCCAGGCCAGCUCAGCUGGAGGAAGAGCCGGGCCACUCACCACAGUUUUGCACAACUUGCCAUUAAACUGACUUCGAAGUCCAUUUUCUGGCCGAAUAAAGUUUGGUGCCUGUCUAGUGCCUCCCCAACUCCCAUAGAGUUGUGUAUGUGAAAGAUGAGGGUUUUUCUAUCAUAGAGGCCAUAGAUGGGGAUGGUGGAGAGCUUAAGGGCAUUUCAGUUAAAAACUGACAUAUAGACUUGCAGAGAAAUGGCUGCCACCUUUCUUACCUGAAAAUAGCCUGGGGCCUGACCUCUCCUGCCCCUGGGCCCUUUCUGUGGACACUGGCUGAUGAAAUAAAACGUUUAGGCUUUA